AUGCCGAGCUUCGUAGUGGUUGCUGGAGCAGAUGUAGAGAUGGCGGAAGGGAAUGGGAUUUCCGCGAGGAUUGACCUGAAUUUGCAUCUGGCGCCUCCGGCCACUGCCGAUUUCCUGCGGCUAGGGCCAGGGAUUGAGGAGGAGGAGCGGCAGCAGCAGCAACAGCCACGGGAAGGGGGCCAAAAUCAGGGUGGGAAUCUCCAGCGCAGGAUUUUGCCGCGUUUUGGCCCUGGGAUCCAUGGCGUGUUCCUGGAUCUUCAUCCAGACAGCGAUUCUGAGGCUAGAAUACGUCCGGCUGUGGAGCAUUCGAUGCGUCCUCCCAUCCGGCACCAUCGCUUCAGGCGUUACUCGACUCGCGGCCCUUCGCUGGUGAGCGUGGCCGGGCUGGAGGAGAGAUCUAGGAGGCUUUUUCACGAUUCGCGAAGCCCGCAGCAGCAGCAGCAGCAGCAACCACAGCAAGAUACUUCCAAGGACAAGGCACCCGCGAAAGAAAGCGAGGACGACUCCUCCAAGGACGAGACCGGGGUGGUCAAGCGUGGCGGGAACGAGAACUUUGAGUGUAACGUGUGCUUGGAUAUGGCGGUGGAGCCCGUGGUGACGGUGUGUGGGCACCUCUUCUGCUGGAGUUGCUUGCACCAGUGGCUCUACGUCCACUCGGAGAACGAGGAGUGCCCGGUUUGCAAGGGCUCGGUUGGCGAGAAUUCGAUCAUCCCGAUCUAUGGGAGAGGGAGUUCGUCGUCGGCUCGACAGGAACUUAGCGUGCAAGACGACGAAGCUCGAGUUCCUCCUCGCCCUCACGCUCGAAGGGUGGAUAGCUUGCGCCAGAGAGUGGAAGCUGAGACAACAGCAGUGCCAGUGGAGGAUCGGGAAGCCGAGCAAGACCGGAUCAACUUGAACGAGAUGCUCCGGAUGAGCAGGGUGGUGCGCUUGUUGCACGACAACAUGUCGUCGCGCUUCCGGCGGCGCAUGUCCGAGCGAAGAGAACACUACCGGACGCCAUCGAUGACGACCACAGCGGCGAGCACUCAACCGGUCGAGUUUACUGUGGGAGAGUUUGAGGCACGAGCUGCGACUUUCCAGGAUGACUACGUGCGGCAGCUCUCGGCCAGCCGCGCCGAUACUGAGGAACGUGUGAAUGCUAUCCGAGCGAGAUUGGCGAGCUUGGUGGAGACGAUUGAGUCGCACCGUCGGCAAGCGGCGUCCAUGGCUGCGAGGUUCCAUGACACUGCAAGAGAAGCCGUGGCGUUAACAGCAACCGUGGGUGUCAGCGCCCAACCGAGCGACGCUGUCAUUGCCACAGCGGAGACAAUUGAACGCUCAAACAGUGUUAGCUCCGUUGCCAGACCCCGAGAGUCCGAGGAAGGGAGCACCUCGGGUGGUGGUGACUCGGAAGUCUUACAUAGCAGGAAAAGGAGGCGCUUGAACUAA